GGCUCGAGCACAUUAGCUCCCCAAGUUCCGCCGACCGUUCGCGGAACACCCGUGAUGUCGGAUCUUCGAACCCAACUGGGGGAAGAUGACGACGACGACGAGCCAGAGUACUUGCAAUUUAAGGUCAUUCUCCUGGGCGACGGCGCCGUCGGCAAGACCUCUCUGGCAACUAGGUUCUGCGAGGAUCACUUUGCAAAGCAAUACAAGCAGACCAUAGGCCUGGACUUUUUUUGUGAAGCGGGUGGUUCUCCCGGGCGACAUUCAUGUUUGCUUGCAGAUCUGGGACAUCGGAGGGCAAUCCAUCGGCGGGAAGAUGCUCAGCAACUAUAUCUACGGUUCCGGUGCUGUGGUGCUUUGCUACGACAUCACCAACUAUGCAAGUUUUCAGCACUUGGAGGACCUGAGGGAUGCUGAAGGACCUGAGUUAUCUACAUCCUGCAAGACAGCCAUGCAAGACAGAGAGGAGGAGCGCUGGGACCAGCUCAGAGGACCCAAGGACUGGUUGUUCUUGGUGAAACGCACCUUCGACCAGACUCCCAUGCCGUACACUGCAUUGAUGGGAAACAAAGCAGACCUUUCGCACAUUAGAGCCGUGAAGACGGAGAAGCACAGCCAGUUCGCGGACGAGAAUGACUUGUACAGCUACUUUGUUUCAGCGCGAACCGGAGAUCAGGUUCAUUCCGCUUUCUUCCGGAUCGCAGCGGACCUCGCCGGUGUGUCCUUGACGAGACCUGAGCUGGAGGUGGAACAAAAGAUCACUCGAGCUGAAGUGGUGAACCACCCACGCAACGACCCAGCCCAUCCAGAGGUCAAUGCUGAAGACGUCGGCAAAGAGAAGAAGUGCACUGUGAUGUAGUUAAGAUGAGAAA